CAGGGACCCCGACCGUCAUGUUAAGGUAAAGCAGCGGAGCUCGGUGCUGAACAUGCUAAGGAGGCUGGACAAAAUCAGGUUCAGAGGUCACAAGAGAGACGACUUCCUCGAUCUCGCAGAGUCUCCAAACGCCUCGGAUACCGAAUGUGGAGACGAAGUGCCCCUGAAGAUCCCUCGGACCUCGCUCCGGGACAGCGAGGAGCUGCGGGACCCUGCUGGUCCAGGGACCCUCAUCAUGGCUGCAGGAGUCCAGGACUUUAACCGCACAGAGUUUGAUCGACUGAAUGAGAUCAAAGGUCACCUGGAAAUUGCCUUAUUGGAAAAACACUUCUUACAGGAGGAGCUCCGGAAGCUGCGUGAAGAAACCAACGCAGAGAUGCUGCGGCAGGAGCUGGACCGAGAGCGGCAGCGGAGGAUAGAGCUGGAGCAGAAGGUGCAGGAGGUGCUGAGGGCCAGAACGGAGGAGCAGACGGCUCAACCACCACCGAAGGGGCAGGCCCCAGCCAGCAACGGAGCAGACCGCCGGAGCCAGGGGCUGUCCUCUCGUGCCCAGAAGUGGUUCUAUGAGAAGUUUGGGGCGUAUGUGGAGGACUUCCGCUUCCAGCCUGAGGAGAGCACUGUGGAGGCGGAGGAACCGCUCAGCGCCCGCAGGUUGACUGAGAACAUGAGACGCCUGAAGCGUGGUGCCAAGCCCGUCACAAAUUUCGUGAAGAACCUCUCUGCCUUAUCUGACUGGUACUCUGUCUACACGUCUGCCAUCGCCUUCACCGUGUACAUGAAUGCCGUGUGGCACGGCUGGGCCAUCCCCUUGUUCCUGUUUCUAGCAAUUCUGAGGUUAUCCCUCAAUUACCUCAUCGCCAGGGGCUGGAGGAUACAGUGGAGCAUUGUGCCAGAGGUGUCUGAAGCCGUGGAACCUCCCAAGGAAGACCUGACGGUGUCUGAGAAAUUCCAGCUAGUGCUGGAUGUUGCCCAGAAAGCCCAGAACCUUUUUGGCAAGAUGGCUGACAUACUGGAGAAGAUCAAGAACUUGUUUAUGUGGGUCCAGCCCGAGAUCACGCAGAAGCUGUAUGUGGCGCUGUGGGCCGCCUUCCUGGCCUCCUGCUUCUUCCCCUACCGCCUGGUGGGGCUCGCCGUGGGACUCUAUGCGGGCAUCAAGUUUUUCCUCAUUGACUUCAUCUUCAAACGCUGCCCAAGGCUACGGGCCAAGUAUGACACCCCCUACAUCAUCUGGAAGAACCUCCCCACAGACCCCCAGCUCAAGGAACGUUCCAGCACCGCCAUGUCUCGAAGGCAGCCACAGACAACCUCAUCACGGAGCUACGUGUCCAGCGCACCAGCUGGCCUGAGUAAAGAGGACGACGCCGGGCGCUUCCACAGCACCAAGAAGGGCAAUUUCCAUGAGAUCUUCAACCUAACUGAGAACGAACGUCCAUUGGCGGUGUGUGAGAACGGCUGGCGCUGUUGCCUGAUAAACAGAGACCGCAAGAUGCCCACAGACUACAUCAGGAACGGGGUGCUGUACGUGACAGAGAAUUACUUGUGCUUCGAAAGCUCCAAAUCUGGAUCUUCAAAGAGGAACAAGGUCAUCAAGCUGGUGGACAUCACCGACAUCCAGAAGUACAAGGUCCUGUCUGUCCUCCCAGGCUCAGGUAUGGGGAUUGCUGUAUCGACGCCAUCAACCCAGAAACCACUUGUGUUUGGUGCCAUGGUACACAGAGAUGAGGCCUUCGAGACCAUUUUCAGCCAGUACAUGAAGAUCACUUCAGCAGCAGCGUCCGGUGGAGACAGCUAGUAUUGGCUUCUUGGGACAUGCUGGAAUUUUUUUUUUUUUAAUAAUUUGAUAGUGGAAAAAAUGGACAUCCUCAUGAUCUUUUGCAAUAAUUCUCCUCGACCAGUGGUUUUUAUUAUGUUGAUACCUGCAUUUUAUGGACCAUGAAGGGCCGGGACCCCCAGGACAGAGGGGGGGGCCCCCUGAUGGCGCUGAUGGACACCUAUGGACACGGGAGGACAGAGGAGCCUUGGGGCCUGUUGGGAGGAGGCUAUGUGGCCCCCACCAUUCUCCAUCUCAGCCCAGAUUGAGAGACCGAAUUGAAGACCCCCAAGAGGCUCUCGUGACCCUACAUCCCCUGCUCUCCCGAGGCUGAAGCUUUUCCACCACCAAAGCCAUAGCUGAGGAGUGCUAUGGUCAGUAAGAUGGCAGUCAGGAGUAAUCCAGAGGCCGCUUCGCCAACCUCCGAGAAAUGGGCUGUGACUCUUCCCCUCCUCCAGCAAAACUCUCCAGCUGGGGCUGCCCUCGGCAGGAGCAGCGUCACUAAACAUGCCCUGCACUCCCCUUUCAUGGGAGCGUGAAGGCUGCAAAUAGGGCCCCCUGCCUCUCGCUCCCCCUCAGAGCUGGGCAUGUUGGGUGACACCUUUCUCUGGCCAGCACCUCAGUAUCCAGGCCUGGCCCAGCACCUGCAUGGGCCGCCUGCCCAUCUUGGCCUCAUGCCGGCCAGGGAGGUCUGCAGUUGGUGACCCAAAAUGGUCCAGAGUGGUAAAGCACAUCUUUUUAACACUUUGCUCUUUGGAGAGGUGCAGAGAACACCCGCAAAGGCUUUGGAGGUGCUGUGAGCUUCAGCGGCCUUCAGAUGAAAACCAGCUACAGCCGGGGCUGGCUCUUGGCUUCCAGGCUGCAGCCACUUGGGUGGUUGGGGGGCAGGGGGUGGGAAGGAGGGUACCAACCCAUACUGACCCUUGCUGCAGAUGCCCUUCCCCUGUGGGCUGUCAGGGAAGCUUGGAGGUCCCUCUGCUUUAGAAGCCCAUGGGCAGAGGCCUGGGGCCAGCACUGACAGUAUUGCCUGCCCCGGUGUGCAGGGUGAGCUGUUCCUCCACAGCCCUGGCACUGCACAGGGAAGCCAGGCUCCCAGAGAACUGGGCUGUGAAGGAGGUUGGAGAGAGCCUCUUGCAGGCCAGUCUGUUCUGGAACCUCUGUGUCAGGUGUGGAGUGAGGAGCAGGGCUGCCUCGGGUUCUGGACAGGCCUGCGGUUCCCCGGAGGUGCAGCCAUCUUGGUCUGCACACCUCUAGGGCAGGUUACUCCAGUUCCCUCAGCUUGUCCUGAGUCUUUUGGGUGUUGUUGAGAUUGUUUUUUGAAGAAACAGAAGAUUAUAUUUUUUACAGAGAGCAAGCUGUUUUUCUUAUUUUUGUAUCAUUUUUCAGAUGUAAUUUUUACCUUUGCUCUGAUCCUCAUUUGCUGGUUUGGGUGAGAGAUCUGAUGGCCCAAGAUACCCUCUUUGUGGGGACUGCAGGGUCACACACUGGUACCAGGGGCUUUGGGGAAGCCGCGCCGGCCAGCCAGGUUAAGCACACUUCCCACCCCAGAUGGUGCCACCCCCACAGCUCCCGGCCACAUGGGUGUCAGUGCUCCAGGUCACCGCAUGUCAUCCUUUCCUAAGUGAAGGCAGAACCCCGGCUCUGGCCUCUAUACUGGACCAGCUGUCUCUGGUGCACGGGAAGGGGGAACAGGGCGCACCCCACUGGACCCCCAUCUGUGCCCAGGGCAAGGCUGGGUGGGCCCUGACCUGUCCCCAGCAAAUGGCUGUGGGGUGGGGUGAUACCUGUAGCUGAUGAGCAAAACCUUCUCUGGGGCCCCGGCAGUGCUCAAGUGUAGCUCUUGGGGACCUUGGUGUCAGUGAGUGCCUCUUUAAGUGCACUGGGAUUCUGUCCCCCAGCACAGUUCCCUGUGGCAGGAUGGGGCUUCUCCACAGAGUGGGCUGGUAGUUUGAGUCCCUUUUGAGGAGAAAGGGAGAUGAAAACUGACCACAAGCCGGGCUGGCCGCAGGCUGCGAGCUGCACAGCUGGGGUCUGCAGGAGCACAGCGGCAGGAGAAGCUGUAGUUUUUAUUGAAGUGUGUAAAUCUGGGCAGAUGUUUAAUUUCUAUGACUAAUCACUGAACUACAAUGAAUGUUAAAUUUUUUAUGUCUGAAGCCUGAGUCUAUUUUCGAUCUGUAAAUAAUCAUUGCCAGUGUGACUUGUUCAAAAAAAGGAUUGUACUGUAUGAAGAACCCAUGAGAAAGAAAGCCCUGUAACAUUUUUUUAAGAAAACUUUGUUUAAAGAAGUCUUGUAUAAAUUAUAAUUUUUAUUUAAAUAAACCUAAAAUGCUUUGUGCUAAGG